GGGGGUGGGUAGAAAUGUUUAACCGUUGUCACCUUUAGUAAAGAAAGAAAUAUUUGAAGCAAGAUAUUUGCGAACUAUAACCCAAAGUAAAGCAUGUUAGUAAGAGAGCUCAGUUUUGGGUUGGCCUAACCGCUGAAAUAAAAUAAACAAUCAACACUAAAAAAAAAUAAAUACUUUUAAUAAAAAAAAUGUAAUUGUAUCAAUUAGUUUGGACCAGUCAUGUUAUUAAAUUUGUUAUAGAUCUAGACCAACAACACUAAAUAUGUGCUAUUUAUAGUAUUUUUACAAUUCGUUUUUGUUGAGCACUAUUUCAUGCUUUUAGCUUUCUCAAUAAUAUCUUAUCACUUUAUCUGAACCAGUUUGGAGAAUGAGGGGGUGGGGAGAAAGAUACCUAUGUGGAUUUUACCGUCAUUGUUUUUUUGUUUUUUUUUUAAAGCAUUAACAAACAAAAGAAUAAGAGAGAGGAACGACCUGAAUUCAAACACGUGGAUCACGCCUCGUCGGGCCGACGUGCUAACCACUCUGCUUAUAAGGUGCUUAUGGUGCGCAUCAAGGCACUAUUCAUCACUGGCUAUGCACGGACUGUUAAAUCGACAGUUGAUUUCCGCCCUAAGGACUAACAUUAUGUUUUUGGGCUAGAACUUGUCUCGCCCCACUACAGUUACACCAGGGAUCAUCACCAGUAGACAAGGGCAGCAAGCUGAGAAACAUUUCAGUUGCUCUGUCAGAUUUUGUCUGGAUAGGAAGGUGUCUCAGAAACAGUGGGGAAAUCGUUCCUGCAAGUGGUAGAUACUUUUGGGGGUGUAGGAAAGCAACAGUUCUUGGAACAAUCAGAGAGAAUAGAGACCGACACGGACUGUGACAUUGUGGUUGGGCCGUUGGGCUGAUAGAGGCAGUGACAGCAAACAUUCCAGGCAACAUGUGGUAGGCAAGAUGUGUCUUCAUAUCAGAAGUAAAUAAUCAUCCAUCAUCUUUCCCGAUCAACCCUCGUUGAGUUUCAUACACAUUGCUUUUGGUCAAUAUAUUUUAUACAUAUCAGACAAAUAGAGACAAGAUUCAAAAAAUUAAAAAGCAAAAUCUGAGCAGAUAGAUGUUUAGUUUGAUGGUUAUUGGCCAGACAAGCUAACAGAGAGAGAGAGAGAGCGAGAGAGAGACGGAAAGAGAGACAGGCAGAAAAGAAAAUAUUUAAAAGAUAGAAUGAAUACAGAUGGAUUAAAGAAAAUAAUAAGAAAGCGAAGAGAAAGAAAGAGACAAAAAGAUGGAUGAAAUAGAUGGACAAAAACAAGAGAAGAAUGUGGAGAGAAAACAGACACUGGCUCCCCGACAUAAAGAAAAAUGGAUCAAUCGCUUGAAAGCAAGAAAAACAGAAAAUUAAUAAAACAAAUUAUCACCACUUGAAAGAAACCAUUAAAGAAAAAAAAAGAAAAAAAACACAAUAUGACGCCCCGCCCAGGCCGCCCUUAAUAUAACUCACAGAGAGAGAAUGAAGGAGAGAGAGGCAGAAGAUCCGAGUGAGGGAGGAGACGGGGUUGAAAGUGAGUACGGCCACUUCGAUCCCGCUCCUCACCCUUACCCACCAGUGAGCUGCUCCCUCUCUUCGCAUCCAAAGACCCGCCACUGGCGUGAGCAUUAUUUUGUUUCGUCUCCGAGUGUUGGUGUGAGUCUCCCAAGAUUGGCGUCACACAUUUCACCCAGAUCUCCCACUCCAGACGGUAAUAGGAACUAAUGAUCAGGUCAGUCAUUGUGUAGGCUUUCAUUAACUCGCAGACCCGCCAUCGUUCACCUAACGACGUUUGGAAGUUGGCACAGGGAAGACAAGGACAAUUAUACAGGGGGAAAAAAAAGGAAAAAAAAGUUAUUCAAAAGUUUUGGAAUCUCAAUGUAAACUUUGAUGUGCCAUCCAUUGUAUUGGUCAGAGAAUAGUUUGUUAAAGUGACUUCAAUUGAAGUGCAAGUGUACUUACAAUCAUUGGCUGAACUCACUGAACGCAUUGGAUAAAUAUUCUACAAUAUAAACAUGUCCGAUUCUGUGGAUUUGAACCCCUGCCCUUCCAAAUGGAGCUUGCUACAGCUAGGUGCAAUUUGCGCAUUUACCAGCCUCGGAUACAGUGGCUUUACUUCACUACCUUUCUACGUCUAUAAGCAUUCAGGAUUAUUUGCGAUCAGUUACUACGUUCUACUGGUGCUGAUCUGUACCCCACUGUGUUACGUCCAACUGAAGCUAGGGGCGCUGUACAAGAGAGCAAUUGUGGGCAUUUUCUCACAAAUAUUACCUCUUUACAAAGGUUUCGCCGCAGCUCUGCUGAUCAUGACGUACUUCCGGUCCAUCACCCAUGCGCUGGAGAUUAGCUAUGGGGUGUACUACAUGUUCGCAUCCUGCAUGCGGCCCUUUCCAUGGGCGCUACAGCAGGAAGUCAACAUGUCAUCUCAUGAAGCGAAAAUAACCAUCUUUGACAACAUUAAAACAACGCCAGAAGAUAGUUAUUUCAUCAAUGACUUUCUGCAACGAGCCCCCCACAUUGGCAGCUGGGGUCCUUUAGUCUGGUACCUGGUGCUGUGUGCUCUGACAGUGUGGAUUCUUGUGUAUCUCGUCAUUUUGAAAGGUUCUCGAGGUUUUGCAAAGGUGAUGAUUAUCAUAGCGCCAGUUACUGCAGUACUCAUUGUAAUAAUCACCAUCUAUGGCUACGCCGCUGUACCCGACCACCAGAUCUCGCUCAAAAGAUUCCUUUUCACGGACUUGAAAAAAUUCAGUGUUCCGGAAUCACAGAGUACUGUCGGUUAUUUUAUGAGCUUUUCAGAGUUUUGGUUGGAUGCUGUGGAUCUGCAUGUUUAUGGUCUUGGACUCUGGGCAGGAACUCUUCCAUUCUUGGGGACACAUAUUGCCUGUAACAAGAAAAGUGUCACUCGGACCUGGGCUAUUUUGACCGCCUGCUACAUCUUCUCACCAGUCAUCAUUCUGAUCAUGAUUAUGCCCUUCAUUGAUCCAAGAUAUCCUCGAGGCAUCUUAAGUUCUGAAGUAGGAGUCAAGCCAGGUUUGAGCUAUCUGUUUGUAUCCAUACCUCACACAUUUCACAAGUACGCCCUCUCGCCCUUCAUGCUGUUCUUACUGUACGCAACAUACAUCUUGCUCAACAUUCAACAUUUGAGUCUUCAUAUUUUGAUGAUCUGGGAAAAUGUCUGGCCAAGUCUUCCAAAAGUUGUAAUGGCGUUUUUCAAGAAAACUCCAAUCCUGCUUGCUGCUUUCUGUUUUGUUUCGUUCCUGCUCACGUCUCCGUAUUUGUCUCAAUGUGGUCUAUAUUUAUACCAGAUCGUCUGCUUCUAUGUUGACCGCCUUCUGUUUGCUAUGGUCAUCUUCAGUAUGGUACCUUUUAUUAUUGGCUUCAUUCGUCAGGAAACACUACGAAUGCCAAUUGACCGAAUCUUCAUGGGGAUAUGGUAUGGUGCCGCGUCACUGGUGGCAGCGUGCUUUCUGAUCUACAACUUCAUUGUCUUUGUGUACCCUGAAUCAGUUGUGAGCUAUGAACAAAGAUGGGCAGAGAACUUGGGUUGGUGCAUCAGUGUGUCUCCUUGUUUGCUGGGUGUCUUGCUCGGGGCCGUACACACCAUCUUUACAAUGUCUGGGUCCCUGAAGGAACGCCUGGUGCAGUCAGUGAAACUUGGCUCUCCUCCAAUCAGCGACUUGCCUGAUGACUGUCUUUCUGUCGACACUGGGGACACGGAUCUCAAAACCCCCUGCUCCUCUCGACACAACACGCCCAUGACUCAAGCCCGAGCUCCCCUGCUCAAGCACCACAGCAACACCCUUGCAGAGAAGCACAGCCAAAUCAACACUGCUCACACUCUUUUCCCGCCCAAACUUGGUCAGCUCGCGCUCGCCCCGAACGUGGACCAGGGCGACCCUUCAAGCUGCAUCAACAGCCCUACGGCAGGGAGAGAACCCUUCACUCAAGACUCGGUCCCAUUCGGUUAUGGGACUUUGCAAGCUGCCAAAUCCAAAGCCACUGUAGAGGUUGUGAUCAAAUCAACUAGUGAUGGAAAUAUUGCAAGGUUGUGAGACUAUUCUUCGCCUGAAGAUCAACAAACCUCAAUAUCAAAAACACAUUGCUCAUAGGACAUUGUUCAGAACUUACACUAUUAUAAUGUAUCUUGUGGUUUGACUUUGUAGUCCCUUCUUGUGUAAGUUAGGUGUAAAUGAUGCAGAGACCAAGAGUUGGAACUUCAUAACGUUUUCCAUUCCAUUCCAUCUUUUUUUUUUAUUUGUGUUUUUUAAGUGCGUUGUUUGGAGUCACUUGACCUCUUAGACCCUUUCCCCCCUUUCCUUUGGGUUGAACGGGGGCGCACUCGGCAUGUUCAUAAACAUAGUAUGGUGAGGAUGCGAUGAAUCGUUUUAAAUUUAAAGUGUGCAAAUGUUUGAGUCACGUGAACUUUGAUUUGAGGUAAGGGAGAUCAACUUUAGUUUUUUGAAGUAUAUAUAUAUAUUUAUUGUGCAUAUGUCCGAAUUUAACAAGCACCAAGAGAUUGUCAAUGCAGAUUUUAAAUUCAUGUUCAUUUUGUGAUAUUGAAGGACUCUGGUACGCUCUAGGACUGUUUCUUUUUUAUUUACCUGUGAUCUUUGCUUGAUAUUAACUCUUUGUCUAUGUGUGGAAGGAAUUAACUCUGUAUGUAUAUCUGGGAGGAAUUAAACUUUUUUCGUUUUGUAUUUUAUAUAUAUUUAUAAAUAUUGAGAAUGCGAGUUAAUUUGUAUUCAAAAUUGAAACUAUGGGUAGAAAAAAUAUAACCGCAUUUAUGGCUAUCAGAUUGUGUAAGGGUUGAAGCUAUACAAUUUUAAUAAAAGCUUAUAUCAACUCACUGUCAAGUACAAAUGUGUACAUGUUAUUUCUCACAUACCCAAUCUCGGAUCUAGCUCAAAUUUUGCACAAUUGUUUCUUUUACCUGACAAAACAGGAAUCAAUUUAAAAAAACAUUUAACUAUUGGUAAUUAAUUACUUUGGUAUCUCGAACAAAGAAAGAAAUUGUACUUGACUGUUGUGGUGGUAUAAGUUGAAUUAGUUCCCUUUAUAGUUUGUAGAGAGAAAAGUUUGAAACUAACAAAGGAUAACUAUAAAAGUUUCAAUUUUCUUAAGCACUUCCCUGGCAUAGAUGUUAGUCUAUUGGUUUGAAGAUAUUUUAGCCCUCGAGUUUGAGGUGAUCACGGUAAUAUUCACACAGAUAACCCCUUUCUUCUCCAUCCCCUUUCCCAACUGGUCCAGACAAGUGAUAGGAUCAUAGCGCAGUGAGAAAGCUAAAAGCAUGAAAUUUCGCUAAACAAAAACAAUUGCUACAAAUAUUUGUAAUCGCACAAAUUUAUAAUUGUUAAUCUAUAUCUAUUACAAUUAUAAUGACAUGACUGCUCCAAACUUGUACAACUACCAAUUAAUAAUAUCGUUUGUUGUUUUGUUUUUUUAAGUUUUCUUAUUCCUUUUUCUGUUCUUUUUUGUAAGCGAUAUCAAUAGUCUGCCUAUUUUUAAUGAAGCGUUUUAAUAUGGGCUAAAAGAGAUCAUUAAGCAAAAAAAAAAAAAAAAGUUCGGGUUGGAAGACAUUGUAGCUCUAAGAUAACCAGCAAUAUUUUAGCAUAGUACCAUUACAGCUUGUUCUAGCGGUAGAUGGGACUGGCUCCAUUGUCUCAGAACGUAUCAUUGUACUCGUUCAUACUUUUAAUAUUCAAACAAUAUUAACAAAUUGUAAUGUCUUUACAUUUUUAAUUUUGUAUUUUCGUAUCCAAAGAAACUCUUGUAUUUGUGUGAAAGUGUAGGCUCCAAACUGGCAAUGUAUUGAUCAAUUUUGUUUUGAAUGUAUCUAUGGCUAAAGACGAGGACAUUUAGAACUUCAUUAUCAAUGACGACUAUUGAACCAUUGUUACAGUGAUUGGUUUUGAGUUGGUUUCUAUAUAUAUUUAUUGAUUUGUACAGACAAGGGCAUAAAAAUCUCCCACAUUUGGAGUGGGCGCCAUAUGGGCAGUACUGGCAGUGGAGAGGCAGGACAUGUUCCAUUCGGUAGGCUAGGCUAGGUGAGGAAUUGUAAAAAGGGGUCGCCGAGCUUAAAAGGUUGAGAACCGCUGUGGUAGAUUCAUUCAAAAUGUGGGAGGUCUUUAUGCCCCACUCUGUAUUUCAAUAGUGUGCUUUGUUUAAUUUCACCCAUAUUUUUUGUAAAAGUUCUUGAAGAUAUUAUCAUAUGUGCUAAAUAGUUCUUUAUUUCCAUGAUAUAACAUUUCCUAAACAAAUAUAUAAAUGAUGUGUAACUUUUCAAAAUCUUCAUCCCUUUUUCCUGUCAGUUCAGAAACUGUACAUCUUCAAGUCAUCCUGUACAUAGCCAGGGCCUCUGCAUCUCUGAGACCAGUCUCGCCAAAACGAUUCUUUCAUGCGCUCACAAUAAGCAACAAGGUUUGGAAGGUUUUCUGUGAUGAAUGAAAAAUUUCAUUAUAACAGAUUUCAUUCUGAUUUAAUAUUUUUAUGCUUGUUAUUUUUAUUUGUAAUGGAGUUACAGCCUAAUGUCAUGUGUUCAUUAGUGACAUUUUCAGAAUGCGUAGCUGACAACUGUUUCACAUUGAAUUAAAAUAUUGAAACAACUAAAGUGAGGAAAAAAAUGUGUUCAUCAAAUAAGACUUUUCUCUAGUACUCUAAAAUACCUUUAAAUUAAAACUAAAAAAAAAUAUCAAUCUAUCGUUACAAACUACCUCCAGUCUUAAGAUGUCAGUUUCAUUUUUUAAACGGGACAUUAUUUCCCCUGAUAGUAAAUUUAAGAAGUAAACAAGCAGAUGAGGUAAAGAACACUUAUUUCUGCGGCCAUAAUUUUAUGAGAUUGUCUCAAUAAAAACUUCCCCAAGAAAUGUUAGACUGCCAUAAGAGCUGUUUUGACCAGGUGACAAGGGAACAUUCCGAAAUCCUGUUAUAAAAAUGUAGUCAUCAUAAGGCGAAAUCUUAAUUCCCAUUAAAGGAAUACAAGCACUUUAGCAUUUUUAUAAAAUUACAGCCCAAAUAAUAAUAUUAGAUGCAUCACUUAUCUAAUAUAAACAUUAUUGACAAAUUAUUGGUUUGUGCAAUUUACAAGAACACAAUAAUACUAUAAGGUAAAACAAGUUAAAAAUGUCUUUAUGUUUUUUAGAUUAACUCUGGCAAGUUUACAUUGAAUGUCUUUCUAUAGAAAUAGCCGGUACUUACGGUGAAUAUAGGCUUCGUGUCUAGAGCCCUUCAUCUGCCAGACAGCCAUGGAAAGCAUGCCAAAAACCGUACAAUCUAUAUCAGAGGCCUUGUCUCCAAACAUGUAGUUUUUGUCACCUGUAAUUAUUCAAAGCGAUUUGAUCAUGUAAAUAUUCAACGAUAUUUAUAUUUACGAGAUUUUAUAGUCUUAUAUCCUACUUUCAGACAAUAACUUCCUGCAGAUAUUUAACCACCGGCGGCGCUGUAUAUUUAAAUUAGGUCAAGAAUAUCAAACUUUUCUGAGGUAAUUGGGAUUUAAAUAUGAGAAACAGUUUAGAGUUGUUUAAUGAUUUUUACAAUUACUUUUACAAGAAAAAAAAUGACAUGUAUUUGACAUUUGUGUCAUAGAUUAAUGGAAAAUAGAUCGAUUUCAAAACAUUUCUUGCAUGGUAUAACUGAUAAGAAUAUUUUAAGCUUUCGUGUAUUUCCCUUAGGCCAACACAUUUCAAAUAAAGUUGCUUAAAUGCUCACUUCAAUAUCCAUAUCAAAAUAAACCAACCCAAAAAUUCAGAGAGAGCCGUUAGGUCUCCCUUUCCAAUGCUCCAAAUCUCAGUGUCCGAGUGACGUCCUAUUCCGUGGCCAUGAAGUUCCUUUUUCACAAGUCUUCCUACCAGGUUCUUGAAUACAAAUAUUUUAGGUCGACUAAAAAUGUCCUUGAGAAGUAGGUCAAGACUUUUUGGAUUCUUCACAAAUGUUUCAUAGCACAUAGUCCUGUAAAGAUAGAAAUUAAUCAGAACCUGAAAGAUAGAUUGUUUUAAUUUCUUACAUAUCAAUAUAAUAUAUUGAAUAGGAUUUGCUUUUUAUUUUCUAAUUUAUUGAAGGAUGGUAUAUUGAAAUUAAUGAUACAGAUAAAAAUCAAUUCUAGGAUUAAAGUUUUCAAAAUAUAAACUGUCAACAUAUAUAUAUAUAUAUAUAUAUACGUAUUUUAAAACACUUUCUAAAGAAAAUAAUUUCAGAAGCGAAUUGUGUAUUCAUUUUCAAGAAUGCGUCUUUUAAACAACAUUUGUUUUCCCGACGUCAUGAGUCAUUCUAGCUGUUUUACUAAUAAUUUUUUUUUUUAUUGUUUUAUUGCUGAAAACUAAUAAACAUUUGUUUUUGUUUUUCAUUUA